CCGCAGUUCACUCACCUAGACAUCAUGGCUCCUGCUCACAAGGGAAAGAAGGUCAGCAAGAAGCAGCUGCUCAAGUUCACGAUCGACUGCACGAUCCCCGUGGACGACCACGUGCUGGACCCGGCCUCGUUCGAGAAGUUCCUGCACGACCGCAUCAAGGUCGGCGGUAAGACAGGCGUGCUCGGUGACGCCGUCAAGAUCACGCGCGAGAAGACCAAGCUGCAGGUGGUGGCCGUGCCCCCGUUCAGCAAGCGCUACCUCAAGUACCUGACCAAGAAGUACCUGAAGAAGCAGCAGCUGCGCGACUACCUGCACGUGAUCGCCUCGGACAAGAACACGUACGAGCUGCGCUACUUCAACAUCCACGACGCCGGCAACGCCGACGACGAGGACGACGAGUAAAUUUAGUCCUUCGAUUUAGUCGCACAAUGGCUGUAGUCUAGGGGGCUCAAAGUUGCUCUUUGUUGAUCGAUCAAUGCUAAGUCGUUUCGGCACGGAGAAUCUUUUUACCUAC